AUGAAGACUUUACGGAAGUUGUACCAUGGGUGCACCAAAGGGACAGAUGUAGAACCUCGAACACCAUUUAUCCAACGCUUUGCCUGUGGAGUAGGUCAUGUGAUCAAUGACAUCAUGCGUCAGCUCCAAUUUUCGUUCAGGCUGGUAUUCUUUAUGCAAGUUCUUGGUCUCUCCGCGGAAAAUGCCGGCUGGUUGGCACUCCAGAAAAAACUGGCUCUCGCUUUUGCCUCGCCUUUCAGCGCAUUCCUGGUGGAUAGAAUCAACAUCCCAUUUUUGUCGCGCAAAAUUGGAAGAAGAAAGUCUUGGCAUUUAGUCGGCACUGUGUUGGGCGUCAUUUUUAUGCCGAUGUUUUUCAGCACAUGUUACGCUUGUCCGAACGAUAGAGAGGAGUGGCAAAAAAUUGUAAGACUUUCAAUAUUUAAUGUGAUAUUGGCGCUUUCAGGCUCCUUACUGGAUAUUGGACACUUGACACUUAUACCUGUGAUUGCUAAAGAUCAAAUUGAAGCUGUAGAAUUGAGCGCGUUGAGGUUUGUUCUUCGUCUUCCUUAUAAUUCAAUAUUCUAAACACCUGUACAGACCUUUCGCCUGGAUAACUCGAACCUGUUCAGUUUAUUUUAUACAUUUGCAUUCGCAGGUUCACCCUAGAGAUCCAUUGUGUCUUCUCCCUUGCAAUCAAUAACCAACACUGAAAUGACUUCACGGCCCUUGAGAUGACUUAUCCGACAAUAUAAUACGGAUAACAUUUACAAUAUUUUAUUUUGUUCUUGUAGGGUUACCUUUACGUUCUUAAGUGGAAUUGCUACCUACCUCGUGGCUUGGCUAGUUCUUGGACAAGAUCCCAGAAACAACCUCUCAACAGAAAGCCUGGUGGACUUCACGGUAAAAUAAUUCAUGGUUUGCUCUUAUUUCUAGCGAAAUGUCAUUAAUAAGUGCUCCUUUAACCACCGUACCUCUUUUAAAUUAAUUUCAAUUCUUUCUUUUUUAGAUAAUUGCGGCAAUAUCGAUUGCAAUAGGUCUCAUAUUUUCACUGAUAUUCCAUGUUGGAACUAAAGAGUUGUCAGGCGAAGGAAACAAGGAAACAAGAAAGAGGAAGGAAGAAGGAAACCGGUUAGAGGAAGUAAAAGAGCUCCCGCGAGAAACAAAAAUAAGCAUUUUGAUGAGACUCUUUUACAAACUGAUUGGAGGUGAUUCUAAAACUGCUACAGAUAUGGAUGGCGUCAACUGCACUGUACCAAAUGAUCGUUACGGCAACGAAGACGAAACCGAAGAAAAAUCUCACAAAUACGAUUCCCAGUCUGGUUCUUCAUUGUCGUCUGGUGUGGAUAACAAAGGUUUUCUUGAGUCCUGUGAAACAGAAUCGGAAAGGUUUUAUCCAGAUCAGAUUAAACUAGAACCAGCUGUGGAGGUGAAUUUGAACGAUUCUCAGAGAGUAGGGGUGAAUGGCAAACCAUCCACUAACUCUGAUGACCCGGAAUCUGCUUGUCCAUCAACAUCUGCACCCACCAUGACCUUACGAGCCUGGCUUAAAAACCCGCAUCUCUACAAGGUAUUUCUCCUUUGACUAAUCCUGAUACUGGAAAGGGGUGGCCAUGGGGGGAGGGAGGGGGGCUACUUUCCCAUACAUUCUCUUAAAUGAAAUCCAAACACACGGAUGUUCUCACAACUUGCAAAGCGUUUAGCAAGGGUCUUGCCGGCGGAUUUGUGUACUAGUCAUGCGCUUUACGUCAAAAGCCAUAGUUCAACAGUUUUGAAAAGGAAAAAAACAUGGCGAACGAAGGUGGGACUGUUUAUUAUAUUUUGGUAAUUCGCAAUUUUUGAUUUUAUGUCGCUUUUCAGACACGCUUUUCAGACAUAUAGCGAGUGGUUUUCGUUUUUCUGUUAAACAAUUUUCCUCUGCAGAGUUUGGAAUAUGAUGUGCAUACUUCACAAGAACCGCUGAGGAGUUGAGCUAUCGAUUAGUGUUUUGCUGCAAACCUUAGGAAAGUUAAGGUUGCUUCAAGGUACGGAGCUUUCAGUAAAAGUUGUGAUUUAUUCAUUAGGAUCGUUUUGAAUUUUAACUUUCAAUUCUGACUGGUCGUAAUAAACGAAGUGAAAUGUUAAUGAAGUGUGAAUGACUUGUUUAUUCAUGUAUGAUACGCACAGCUGUAAGCUCAUAUUUAUAAGGCUCUCUUGAAUAUACUGUCUUACUUCCGAUAAAUUUGACACUUUUUCCAGUAAUUUUUAUCAGCAUCAUAACUUGUAUAAUCUUCUGAUGUCCUCGCCCUGCAAAAGGAAUGUAACCUAUAAAUCGAUCGAUAUAUAAGCUUAAUAUGGUCCAGCGCGCGUUGUUGUCGGUUAAGAUUUCACACGGUUGCGGUGACUUAAUUGCGUUUUAGUUCCCCAGGCAAUUUCAGUACCAAAGGACGAUAUGCAAGAAAACCAAAAAGGCAUGAUUUUUUUUAUUAUUUCCUCUACCAGUUCGGUUCUCGCUUCUAAGAUACUUUAAAAAAAAUAUGGGGAAAGUUACUGCAAUUAUCCGCUGACCACCACGCAAGGGGACCGCUUUGCAAGUUGUGAGAACAUCGUUUUAACCCCACCCCCUCCUCCUUGCCUGUUUCGCUCGAUAGAGUCUCACUAAUUAUUUCCUUAACAACUGUAAAACAAAGCACUCAAACAGCUAACACGUCGCAAUUUUCUGAUUACAAUUUCGUACUGCCCAAGUGAAAAAUUGCUUUAGCCGGCUGUUAUAGAUAACUUUGCCGUAUUUUCAAAAAACAUGGGUGCCGCCAUUUACACAAACCACCCAGGUGUAACUGUUGUACAUAAACGUAAAAUUAUAACAUUUGACGAGGUGGGAAAACGAACCACUAACAAAGUAUAUCAAAACGAAGGCUACAAAUGCUGAAAAGAGUUGAAAAAUUGCAUUGCCUCUCUCCUCCCUACAUCACUGAACUUAUAACUAUCAAACCCAAAUCUACCUACAGUCUCCGCUCAAACAACAGUACUCUGUUGCUACCUCCUACACACAAAAUGCUGCCUACACUUGGUUAGAUUUUUUGUAACAGCAGGUUGAUUGUAAAUAGGAUUUUAAUUGAGGUUUUGUAAUAAAGAUUUUAUUAUCAUUAUUAUUAUUAUUAUUAUUAUUAUUAUUAUUAUUAUUAUUAUUAUUAUUAUCAUUAUUGCCUCACAUCACAGCCAAUAUUUCUGAAGCUUCGCAAACGAAAAGGCGCGAAACAUUUGAAUUCCAACCGUGAUUUCCAGUUUAAUUUCCCCAUGUAAAUGGUAAUUACCCCUUGUCUCACAGCCCUCCCCAGCAUUUCACAUUUUCAGAACUGUACUAACUUCCGUUGUUAUUUCUAUCUUCAGGUUGCCAUCAUCUUUACCUGCACAUUUGUUUUGCGAAACAUUUCUUACUCAUACUUGCCACUGUUUCUAACUUACAGAGCGCAUUUCGCAAAGGUAUAAAUACGUAUUUAAAUAUACAUAUGUAUAUAUACAAUUCAAAGAGAACAGACCACAAAUUGUUGUUGCUCGAAAUAUCUAAAAGUCGUAACUGUUCAUCAAUAAUAAGUGUUUAAAAUUUAACUUAUCGUUAUUAAACCAUAAAACUCUAAACCUAUUUACAAUACUUGCGAAUAGGAAAGUGCACAGUAGUUUAGAACUUUAGUAUAAAAACUGAAUUUUUGUCUACACCUUUUCUUUAUUAGGAGUCCAUUGCAUAUCUACCACUUAUUAUGUUAAGCAGUGGAGCACUAUCAUCCGCUGUUUCAAAGAGAAUUGUUGUCAAAAUCGGAGGCAAGGUAAGGAAUUGCACUCUUGAGAAUGUCACAUUUAUACCUCUGAAAAUGAAGCAAAUUUUCCGCCCCGUUUGGUUACAGUAAGUUAUAGUUUAAAUAUUUUUUAAUAGUUCCGCCAAUCUUGGUAAGGAUACCAAAAACGGUUUGAGCCAAUGGAAGUAAGGUUUCUUACCCCUGAAACCACUGAAGAUCCGGGUCGUGUAAGUCUUCUGCUGUCCUCGAACAGUGUUCUUGGUUCCACCACUUGCUCUUCAAAUUGACCUUAUUCACGAUACCCACCAUCUUGGUUCGCCCUUAAAGGACUGAUUGGAUAAAAGCAAUGUCACGUCGGUUUUUCGGGGAGGGAGGGGGGACAAACAAGCUAUAAAAUUUGCCAGUGCAAGUUUGUUAUUCUUAAGACAGCAGAAAUAUAAAGAAAUCUUCAUAACAGCAAAUUGUGGGUUGGAGUGAUAAUUGUUACUUUUUUGGAUGCAGUAGAGACCGUGGAGAGACAAUACUGACACAAAUCUUGUCGAAACUCGAACACUACAUUUUGCAUGACUAUUACUAUUUAAUUUUUGCUGACCCAGCGUGCCUACAGAGCAAAAAUCGUCUGCAAAGUAUGUUUAAAUAGGUAAUGAUCAAUAAAGUAAGCAAGUAAGUAAGUAAGUAAGUAAGUAAAUAUCACUAAACUGAUGCUAAAAUGAUCUAACUUUUCUAACCUUACAAUCUAUGAUCAUUUUCCGACCUACGUUCAGUGGACGUUUAUCCUGUCUGCCCUUCUCGUUAUUGGAGCUGGCGUUUGGUUUUAUUUCAUAAGUGAGUCCAACAGAGUGAUGACCUACCCAGCUGUUGUACUGUUAGGUUGGGGAUUCUCCUCCAUGGCCGUUAACUCACUGGCCUUCGCAACGCAGCUUAUUGGUCCAAAUAAAGUGAGUAAUUAA